AACACCGCGAGCCACGUGGUCGACCUCAAACAUAUCAAUCAUUGUGCUGUUUACGAGCUAGCUAUAGCUAGAUUGUUGCGUAGCUCUAUUGUAGUGUUGCAAAGCUUGUUCUGAAGGUUUGCGCAAGUGUCAAUAAUGGACGUGGAUAGUCAAGUGGAGGAAUUCGAUUCUAGUAGCAGCGACGGGAGUGACUCGAGUAGCAGCGAUGAAGAGCCACCAUCUGAGGAAGAGAGAGUAAGUGGACAAGAAGAGAGCACUGUCAAGGUGGCCAAGUCAAGGAAGAGACGUAGAGACAGAAAGAAACAUACUGCUGGUCUACGCAAGACCUUACGCACACAUUAUGAGAGCGUCGAGGAUUUCAACCCCGAGGCACGCAUAGCACAGAGUGCGGAGAUGGAGAGGAUACGAAGACUGGAGCUGCAGCAGAGCAUAACCUCCCCCUCCACCCACACGCACACACCCGUCACAGCCUCACACCACCCACCACACACACUAGCCUCACAAGAGCACAGUAGUCCCGAGAUGGUCGUAGUCGACUUAUCCAAUAAAACGUCACCACCAAAAGACACUAUUGUUAUUGAGUCUGACUCCGGGUCCGAUUCUGAUACAGUUAAGAAGAAAGCUCCUCCGCUAAAGGUCGGAGGUCAGCCAACGUCGACUAGAGGGGAAGUGCUACACAGGAAGUAUGAGGACCCAACAGUGCCACGCCCAGAUGGUCGAGUGGUUGUGAAUGUGAGUCAUAACGUGAAUGAACCUGAUGUCAUCCUUGCACCGCAAGUGGCCAGGAUCGUUAAACCUCAUCAGAUUGGAGGUAUUCGGUUUCUGUACGACAACAUCAUAGAGAGCCUGGGGCGAUACUCGUCAUCACCUGGGUUUGGUUGUAUAUUGGCUCACUCCAUGGGACUCGGCAAAACCCUACAAGUUAUUUCAUUUAUUGAUGUGUUCAUGCGCUACACUCCGGCUAAACACGCUCUGUGUGUCGUGCCAGUCAACACACUGCAAAACUGGGUCAACGAGUUUGACCGCUGGCUGCCGGCCAAUCAGAAUCCCUCAUCAAGUCACCUGACCGGACUAUUGACCCCUGAUACUCAGCAUCGAACUUUUGGACUGUUUCUAUUAUCAGAGAGUACCAAAACCAUGGAAUCAAGGGUCAAGGUUAUCACGGAUUGGCAGGAAGUGGGCGGAGUCAUACUGAUUGGAUACGAGAUGUUUCGCCUGCUCUCACUGUCUGUUCCUUCGCUGGCUGGCAAUAAAAUGGCCGUCAAGAGGCGUAAAAAUGCUCCACCCAAAGCCGAGACAAUCAACCUGGACGAGACGGAGAAGGAAAUGGACGCUCUGAUUGGCAUACAGCGAGCACUGUGUGACCCCGGACCUGACCUUGUGGUGUGUGACGAGGGACACAGGAUAAAGAACGAUGUCACGAACAUCUCACAAGCACUCAAGCGAAUCAGAACGAGACGUCGCAUUGUGAUGACGGGCUACCCUCUCCAGAACAACCUCACUGAGUACUGGUGUAUGGUGGACUUUGUGAGGCCCAAGUAUCUCGGCACUAAACAAGAAUUUGCUGACCUUUUUGAUCGUCCAAUCACAAAUGGCCAGUGUGCUGACUCCACCCCUAAUGAUGUGCGUCUAAUGCGUUAUCGAUCUCAUGUUCUGCACUCCCUCCUCGAGGGGUUCGUCUUGCGGAGGGGGCACGAAAUUUUAAAGUCUACCCUACCCCCCAAAUUUGAGCAUGUGUUAUUUCUGAGGCCGUCUGAAGUACAGGGCAUUCUCUACAACUACAACAUGUCGCUGAUUGAGCAAGGGGGCGGGGUUUCAGCCAGUAAUGGUCCACUGAAGGCAUUUGCUGUGUGUACUAAGAUCUGGAAUCACCCUGACAUCUACUACCAGGAGGUGGUUGCCCAGGGCGGCAAGGACCCAUCCCAUACAAGAAUGCUUGAUGAGGCAGGCCUCCCAAAGCCCGCUACCUCGGGGUUAAAGGUCGGCGGAGAGUCCAGCUGCAAAAUAGACUGGCCACACUCCCAGCUUCCCUCUUACACGCCUGACCAGCUAGAGCACAGUCCUAAGAUGGCGGUACUGAUGGAGCUCAUCGACAAGUCUGUCCACUACAGGGACAAGAUCCUUGUGUUCAGUCAGAGCCUCUCUACACUGUCAUGUGUGGAGAGGAUACUCACACACCGUCCCGUUCCAAUACCAGACUCUGGCAUGGGGACUGGGAAUGGGGCCAUGCAGUAUCAGAACCUGACCUGGACCAAGAAUAAACACUACUGCCGUCUGGAUGGGAGCACUGGUAGUAUGGAGAGGGACAAACUCAUCACUGCCUUCAACGCCCCCUCAAACAAUGACUGCUGGGUAUUCCUGCUCUCAACAAAAGCUGGUUGCCUUGGUAUCAAUCUUAUCGGGGCCAAUCGUGUGGUAGUAUUGGACGUAUCUUGGAACCCUUGUUACGAUGCUCAAGCCGUGUGUCGUGUGUAUCGUUACGGACAGACCAAGCCGUGCUAUAUCUAUCGUCUUGUGUGCGAUGGGACAAUGGAGAGGAAGAUCUACGAUAGGCAGAUAUCAAAGCAGGGAAUGUCAGAUAGAGUGGUGGAUCACUUACAACCUGAGAGGCACUUGUCCACACAGGACAUUAUCAGCCUCACCGCACCUCUGACUUCCUUACCUCCGAGCCGUGACCUUUCACCUUUCGCUCCCGAUUAUUUGUUUGAUCCCGUCCUCAUGGCGUUGUGCUACACGAGCGGGCAGCUGCUAACAAAGCUGCCCUUUAAGCAUGAGUCGCUGCUCGUAGACAGUGUUAACGAACGUAUGACUGAGUUGGAGAAGUACCAAGCCCUCACCGGGUUCCAGGCAGAACUGAGAGCACUUAAGAAUGGUCCCGCUUCCAUUCAUGAGUUCAGAGCCAUGCAAGCCAAGAACACUCCACUACCAAGCUCUGUACCUGGUAUCCUAGCAACGCCCACCCCCCCUCCGAUGUUGCCAGUCCCUCCCCCAAUGCUAGUGUGUAAACCAACUCCUACCCCUGUCAUCACUAAUCCUAACCAACCAAUCGAAAUCAUUUGUUUGGAUUCUGACGAAGACGAUAAAACUUCGACCACUCCCCCUAAACCAUCUCCUGUGACCUUUGAACCCACCAAACCAGUUCAAUCAUCUAUUUUGUCUGCCCAAGCUCAAUUAUAUUUCAAUGCUUCACAAAAAUCAUCAAAUCUGAUUCCAAUUAAUCCAAUGGCCCCUCCCACCACCAUCACAAGUGGCGACCAAUCAGCUUUGAGCGGUCUAUCCAAGACUCCGCCCACCAUGGAACCAAGUGUAACCACGGUAACUACAGAACAAUUAUCAGAAAUGGCGGAAGGAAUUGUCGACUCUCUCAAAUCUCAACUCCUCACUACCUCCCUGACACGGUGCCAACAAGAUCAAACAAAAAUGGCCGUCUCAGGAGAACCUAAGAAAAAAGGCAAUGAAUCGUCUCAGCCUGGCGGAGGUCAAAAUACAACUGAACUGUUAAGGACGAGUACUGCUGAGCAGUCAUCGGCCGUAACCAGUGGUCAUGUGAUACCCCUAGCGGAUAAUCGAGGGCAGUCGUCAACAGUAACCAGUGGUCAUGUGAUACCACCCCUAGCGGAUAAUCGAGGGCAAGAACAAACGUCGAUGACACAGGAUCAAACAGAGGGACCUAAUAUUUACUUGAACUCUAAUUCUAACAAUGCCGUCGAAGAAACUAAAAAAUUAACAAUAGUAGCCUCCUCAAGUGCUGAAUCAGACGGCGUAACCGUUAGCAACAAGGAGGGCUGGCGGAGCCAAUCGGAAAAAAGUCGAAAAGCGGCUAAAAAGGAACGCUCAUGUGGUACAGCAUCGUCAUGGAAACCACCGUACCCCCCACCCCCUCCGCCCACCACACACUUCCCACCGUGUUCCAUACCUCUUCUGUCACCCAUUGCCGCCCACCUAUUAUACAUCUCCACGGGAACCAAGCUGCCAUCUAGUCCACCAGAAGAUAUGUUCAAGUACCCACCCAUUGUUAGCCCCUCCCCCUCUAGCCACGCCCCCUCAAGCCCGGAGGCGGAGAUGGAUUGGUACGAUCACGAUGAAGAAUCUGAAACUAACUCACAAUUAGAGUUGUCUAAUAUUGAAAAUGAAAAUACAAUCGUAAAAUCGAAGUCGCCUGAGACCUUUCGACUGAGAACAAUGUUGACGGGAGAUAGUAAUGGUCGAGAAGAUAAUGUCGCUAAUACAAGCACUGCUAAUACAAGCACUAUUGUAAGUCACACCUCUAGCAAAGAUACUAUUAUCACCACAACCUCUGUGUGUCAAGGAGAGUCUAAAGUGUCCACUACCAAGUCUGCUUCGUCAGCAACUGUCUAUCCCAUGAUCUGUUCUCCCCUGCCGCUACGGGGUCAAAGUUCACAUGAAAGCAAAAGUACUAUCGGGCAAGAUAAGAGUCAAUAUUCAAAAAAUUCUGCAACGACAAAAACUCAAUCAAUUCCGAACAAUUUGACUAGCACAACAGUAACUGUUCCAACGUACACUCGUCCGAUUAUCUCAAGUAAUAUCACUCUGUCAAAUAAUCCUCUACCAUCGAGUGGUACUUUCAUUGAUUCGACAACACCCAAUAUUAACAAUGCUCCCCCUACUAAUGUUGUCUGUCCACAAGAGACUGCCCCCUCAUUUAACGGACCACCCCCCUCUCAAGCCCUGCCCACUAACGGAGUUACAGCGACUAAUCAGCUUGGAGCUUCUGGUGAUUAUAAUGGACAUACACUCAGUCAAAGUGUGCCGUUAAAACCAAAAUGGAUUCGUUCGUUUUCGGCAUCCGAAAUACCCGUUUCUAAGGGGCGUGGCUCGACAACAACAGAGCCACCCACAUCCACGAACUAUGACCCCCAGCCCAUCCUAUGUAUUGACAAUUGGACCAAGGGCCCAACGACCAAUGAUACAGAAAAAAGAACUCUGGCUACGAUGACUCAACCGUUAGUGAAACCCUUAGUUGCUAAGCGACCUAUAGUGGUACCCUCGGCUGAAAUUUCUACACUACCAGUUAUCAAAUCUAACCCACCAAAUAUCCGGCCAUAUAGAUCCCAUUCUACUUCUACCAUGGAGGACAAACGUUUGUUUCUUCCUCACCCGUCAUUGUCAAGUACUAGAUCUUACUAUCCUCAGAAAACACCACACUCUUUAAAUCCUAAUUUGUUUGGUUUGGAUACGGACGAAAGCUCAAAGGUCGAAUCCAUGGUUACACGUACGUCGGACUCAUCUCGUGUUUUGAUACCUCCCCCACAGACGAGUGUUUUGUCACGUAAUAAUCAUUCGCCAUGGAAACAAUCGAUUAGUGAUGGAAAAAGCAACAAUGUAAAUCAUAUGACACUAUCAAUGGGAAAUAUGACAUCCAGUUUGGAUAAUAUUGGAAGUGAAACUCAGAGAAACGUUUCUACACUGUCAAGAGUUCAGAGUGCAAGUGCUGCCCACCUCCCACUACACUCAACCAGCAACCAGCUGCACUUUAACAACUCUACACUAUUGCCUGGAAACGCUGUGUCUUCUAUCACCGCUGGACCUCAUACCACCGGACAUAAUGUUGCUGGACAUAAUAUCACUGGUUUAACUGUACCCAAUAUUAGUGAAAACAAUUCCACUGGACCUACCUGUAAUACCACUGGACAUAAUGUUGCUGGAUCUCACAAUAUCACCACUGGACACCAUGCUACUGGACCUGGACACACUAUUAGUGGACCUCAUACCACUGGACACCAUGUUGCUGGACCUCGACACAACGUUACUAACCCUAACAGUGUGAGUGGACAAAAUUCCACUGGACCUGCUGCAUCUAAUAUUGUUGGACAUAAUGUAAUUGGAACUGGGCACCAAAUUACUUGUUCUAAUUUUGCUGGACCCGAUAUCACUGGACCUGGAUCUUAUGUAACAGGGCACCAUGCCACUGUCUCCACUCUGCCAGUGCACCAUGGAGGCUACACUCCACACGACUCAAGCCCUGACAGGCUCAGUAGCUUCUCAAGAGACUCUGCUAACGGAGGGACGUGUGUGUUAUCCUCCACCCACCCUCAGGCUGUAUUCAGAACCAAGAAGACAGCUGUUGUGACCCCCUACUGCGUUGUUAACAAGACCAGCACUGACUACACUACUAAACUGAACACUAAGACUAAUAUUAGCAUAAGUGAAUCGUUGCCACUAGCAACUCGGACACAGCCAAGCCUUUACUCUCCUCAAAAGUUAACAGCAUUGCCUCAAACUAUGACCGGUACUAAGUUGGGAAUCACAAACUCAUCUAACCCGUGGAUGAAGCCAUCUAUUGCCAGGGCUAGUGUCAAUGCUGCUACACAAGGCAUAGCUUUGAGUGGACAGAAUCAAAAUUUGUUUCAGCAAAACUACCAAAAAAUGCCAACAAGUUGUGUUCUUAAUACUCGGAAUGGAAUUGGUCAGAAUGGAAUCGGAACCAGUCAGAAUGUGAGCAAUAAUGCAAUAUACAGAAACAGAGUGCAAAGUUGCUCAGAUAGUUUUGCCAGAACACAGUUGAGUCCCACCAUCCUACCAUCUGCUGUACCUCAACAAAGAAUGGUCAUCCCUCCCACCACCAUCCUACCUCAACAAAGAAUGGUCACCCCUCCAACUACAAACUUGUCUAAUAGUGGUCAUCUAUCAUACAAUGGCGAUACGUUAAACACAGAACAUUUCACCAGUGGUAACAGUGUCAAUACUAUUAGUCCCGCGUACACAGCCAGCGCUACUGAGAGGGGGUGGUCUAACACACAGCAAACACCCAGCGCUACUGAGAGGGGGUGGUCUAACACACGGAGUGCACGUCGAUACUCGGUUGAUUCAAGACAAGACAAUCCCAGAAUGAGUUUCAGUCACCAUUCUACUCAUCGUACAGCCACGCCCCCUCACAACAAUGGGGCUUUCCCUGGAUCCCACAGGACAACCACGCCCCCUCACAUGACAUCCACACCCCCUCACAACAAUGGAGCUUUCCUUGGAGCCCAAACAACAAUCACGCCCCCUCACAAUGGUGGGUCUUUCCUUGGAUCCCACAGGACAGCCACGCCCCCUCACAGCGAUGGAACUGGGCAGAGGUACAUUGUGAGUGUCCCCCCUCCUCCAAAGUCUAGCGGUAACCCCUUCGACCAAUCGUUGCUACCACAAGUAUUCACCACUGCACCUCUCAGCAAUGCACCUCUCUCUACACCGGCCUACCCUGUUCAGUCUGGGUUCUCCCUACCACCACAGCGGCCCGCAUCCCUCCCUAUGUCCAACCUGCCUAACUGGACUGGGGGUGGUAUCACUCCUUCAGUGGCCAAUAGGGAGACAGCUUUACCGUCGACAACCACUCAGUCACCUUAUAGACUUGGAACUCCCGAUAGUAUGGGGAUUUCCCCUACACCACCACAGCUACCAAGGACCACACCCAAUCAAUUAGGGAUAUCGCCUGUUAUGGAAAUUCCCCCUCUACCACAACACCUCAGGAUGUCGUCUAAUCAUCGGGGGACUUCCCCUGCUAUCAACACAGGCACCUCACCAGUAAGACAACUACAGCUAGGGAUUUCCCCAACUCCCACCUCUCAACCACUCCUAUUGGGAUCGUCCUCUCCCUGUAGUGUCAUGCCCCUCUCCCAACAUGCUGGCCACACCUCUCCUGCCCACCUCAGAGCAGUACCGCCCCCGUACCUUGGACCCACUUCUACUGAGCAUGCUCACACAACUAAUAGUCACUCUCAAAAUGGUAACUAUGCAAUACCUAGUCUCUAUAGACACAGACCCCGCCCCCCUCCUCGGCAGGUGCUUAGCCCUACCCACCCAACAAGGUUGCCCUCGUUCGAUCAAUUUCCACAAGGUCAAAGGUCGACAGAGACUUAUUGUCAGCAAGGUUACUCUGGUUGUCAUGAAAACUGCCGAGUUGGUGUGGCCACACGAAUGUGCAAGUAAACUCGUUGGACAUUAAUAAUGAUUAUUAUAGUAAUUAUCAGUUUCAUUAUUAUUAUGAUUUCUCUAUAUAAAUUAUUAUAAUUAUACUACCCAAUUUUCAGAUAAUUAUUUCCCAUUAUUAUU